AGCGAGCGGCAAACUUUCAGAGGUCCCGGAGACAGGCUGUGCGCCGCCCGCCCCAGGCGCGCGGGAGUGAGGGUGUGUGUGUGUGUGUGUGUGUGUGUGUGUGUGUGUGUGCCUGCGCGCGCGAGCGCGCGUCUGAGUGUGUAAGGGGCCGAGGCUGGAAAGGAAAGCGGCCGCCUCGCGGAGAAGGAAGGAGCCUCCCCCUUCCUCGUCGCCCCCCUCCCCACUUCCCGUCCAGCUUGCUGUCGCUUCCCCCUCCGCGGGCCUCGGGGCGCACGGAGCCUUCCCACGGCCGAGAAGCUGGAGGAGCCUGUGGGGUGCAUGCUGGGCGGGGGACCCCAAGGCGCCCCGGCCGGUGGCGGCGGGGGCCACUGCGCAGCAGUGGCCCCGAGUGCCCGUAUUUCUUCUUCGGGAGACAGACAUGCUUUCCCCACAAGGCCCUGGGAUCAUCAAAUCAUUGGCAGCCGGGAUUGCUUACCACCUGCAGCGUCUUUUCGGAGGAGGCGGCUGGCACGGAGGCCGGGCUACAUGAGAGGCACAGCUGGGCCCCAGAUCGGGUUUCUCUACCCAGCAGUGGCCACUCCGUUACGGGCCCAGGGAGCGGCGUUCGGGGAGGAGUCCCUCCAGUCUGAGUCCAGGGCCAGACACUGUGGCCUUGAACUUGGAGGCCAGUGGCGAGGCCCCUCUGUUGGGAGCCCAGCAGCCUCGUCUCUGACCAUUGUGGGCCACCCAGGCCUGGCUCUGACCGCUGUGAGGGGACCCUCGGGGCUCUUUGGGAUUCAGCUCAGAGCUGACACCAAACUACCUGCCAGGCUCACCAGGUCGUGUGGCCCUGGGGACACUGGGUGGCAGGGGGCGCUCCCACCCAUGGACAGUUCUGAGGCCCCAGGCCCUGGCCGGGAAGCUGCCGGCGGUGAAAGAGCAAAGGGCACCUGGACAAAAGGCUGUCUGUCCUCAGAGGAGGGGAAUGGCAGCAGGUGCAACCUUGAAAGUGGCCCCAGGGUCCCCUCUGCCCCGGCCGGCUCUCAGGAUGGCUUCACCUCCAGCUUUAGCUUCAUACAGCUCUCGCUCAGCUCUGCUGGGGAACGUGGGGAAGCGGAAGGCUGCCCGCCGUCCAGAGAUGCUGAGGCCCCUUGUCAGAGCCCCGUGGAGACGGAAGCCAAGGACGCCAGCUUGGACAGGCCCCACACACACCCUCGACUUCUCUCUCCCCACUUCAACGUCAAGGCUGCUCAGAGCCUGGCCGACCCUGCCCAGAUGGCAGCAGGCAGCCCCCGGCUGGAGUGUGAGACGCGUUCUUUACCGGACGUGGACACUGCCUCCUCCUGUCCCCUGGUCCCCUCGUGGUCAAAGGGCAGCGGCGUGGGGGAUGCUCCCCGUUGGGAAACACUACUCAGGAGGUGCGAGCCUGUGCUGCUGGACUGCCUGCUGAGUGACCAGAGGCAGCUGGAGGUAAAGUCCUUAAGAUUAAAGCUUCAGAAACUUCAAGAAAAAGCAGUUGAGGAAGAUGAUUAUGACAAGGCCGAGGCGUUAAGACACAGAUUGGAAGAGCUGGAGAAGGAGAAAGGCAGCCCACACUUCCAGCUUCCUUCGAGGCAGCCGGCCCUCUGCAGCCUCCUGGGCCACCUGGAUGCACAGGCCCAGGCAGCCUUGUGCCACAGGGCCUCCCAGCUGGCCAGCAGUGACGGCGCCCAAGCCCUGCUCAGAAUGGAGCCAAAGCGGUUCGAACCCACUGCCCAGGACGCCCUGCAUGUGUCCAUCACUAGACGAGACUGGCUUCUUCAAGAAAAGCAGCAGCUGCAGAAAGAAAUCGAAGCUCUCCAAGCAAGAAUGUCUGUGCUGGAAUCAAAAGAUGAGCAACUGAGAAGGGAAAUAGAAGAACAAGAGCGGCUGCUCCCGUGGCAGGGCUGCGACCUGGCCGCCCUGGUGGGCAGGCUGUCCCUGGGCGAGCUGCAGGAGGUCAGCAAGGCCUUGCAAGACACCCUGGCCUUAGCCAACCAGAUUCCCCUCCAUGCAGAACCACCUGACGCCGUAAGGAGCCUCCGGGAACGGAUAAAAACCCUCAACUUGUCACUGAAGGAACUCACCGCUAAGGUGUGUAUGAGCGAGAGAAUCUGCAGCACUCUCAGGAAGAGAGUAAAUGAUAUUGAAAUCCAACUGCCGGCGCUGCUUGAAGCCAAAAUGCUAGCCGUAUCAGGAAACCAUUUCUGUACAGCCAAGGAGCUCACGGAGGAGAUGAGAUCACUAACAUCAGAGAGGGAAGGGCUGGAGAGACUCCUCGACAAACUGCUGCUGCUGAGCUCCAGGAAUGUCCAGAAGCUGGGAAGUGUGAAGGAAGACUACAGCAGACUGAGAAAGGAGCUGGACCAGGGGGAAACUGCCCAUGGCGCUAAAUACGGCAGUUGGGUCCGUCCAAGUUUGCGUGUAUUAUUUCCAGACAUGUGUCUUAUGGAAUACAAAUAAUAUAGAUUUCUCAAGUUUUUUUUUUUUUUUUUUUUUGGCAAUUUAUUCCUCUCAGCUAAAUUUUGCAAAAUGAUCUAAAAUACCCAGCACGCAGCCCGAGAAGCCAAUAAAACAGGAUGAAGACUUCGGUCGUGAUUUGGAAACAAGCAAAACAGAACAGACCUGUCUGCUUUCGAAUACGAUCUUAUUUUAAAUGCAAGUUCUCAUUCGACUUUCCCCAGACUCAGACAGCUGGUUCCUUCUUGAAGCAACUCUUGAAGACAGAUGGACCAACCGUUUCUUCAAAGUGUUGGCUUCUCCCGUGGCUGCCAUUUUCCCCAUUUUUCUUAGUACCUCCUUUUCGUCACUUGCCAACCCAAGUUCUCUCUGGCACCGAGGAGAUUAUCUAGGGUUCACUGUUUCUUUUCCAUUUGAUGAUGGAAAGAUGAACAUAAGGUGCCAGACUCGGUUAUUGCAUUCAUUGACAGAUGGAUUUGCUCCAUUCAUGUAAAGAGUUCUGUAGACUCUCUGAGUCCUGGUGCAUCUUUAGCUGGAUAUGUAAUCCUUCUCACCAAGCUUCUCUCUCAAAUGUGUCUGUUGGGAGUUAUGCCAUUAAAUCUACAGGAUCAGCUAGUUGGGACCUGGCCAUUAUUCUGGUGUUUCUGUGUGGUAAUAGAAAUACCUAUUGCUAUUAUUUAAAACAUGGGAUUAUGUGGAAGUAAUCUCUCUAGAAAUGAACAUAAUUGAAUUUCGUCAGCAUUUAAAUUAAUCAUGGAUAUCAAAUCAACGUGAAGGAGUAGGGAAAACAAAUCAGGGCUUGACAACUGUCAUCUGUUCCAUUUUCAUUUUGGGAUCCGUUAUACGUAAAGGUGGACUGCUUCUUGCUCUGUAGUUGGAGUAUUUCUUUCAUGAAUAAGUGACUUACAUACAUGACCAAAUGCUAGACAGUGGUGAAAGUGAGUGGGCUAUAGCUAUGCAUAUCAGUGUGGACAGAUCUCAUACACAUAAUCUCGGCGAGACAAGCAAGUUCCAGAAGAAUGCAUAUAGUACAAUACCAACUAUUUACUUGAAAACAUGGAAAACAACAUUCUAUGUUUUAAGGAUACAUACAUAGCAAGGGAAAGGAUAAAUCCAUGCAUGGGAACGAUAAACACUUAAAAAUCAUCACCUCUGGGGCAGGCAGUGUGUACAAUGUAAUUUGAGGGUCUUUAACAGUUUCGGUAAAAUUUUCCUUUAUAAACUGGGUGAUCAGCCCGUGGUGGUGAUUUUACAGUCUUCAUCCUUUGUAUAUUGUCAGGAUAGGAGAGUAUAUUGCCAAAAAGAAGAGGAACUGUGGCAACGGACGAGGUCUGAGAGUGGACGGGGAUGGUUCUAGGAGCACCUAGAGAAAAGCACCUGCAGAGGCUAGGUGUGCCGGCCCUCGGCUCCCAGGCACGUGGGAGGUGGCCAUGGAUGGGGAAGGCGUGGGUGCUCGAACAGGUGAGGCAAGUGGCAGCAAGAGCAGAUCCCCAGCGGAAGAAGGAGAUGAGAGAAACCCAGAAGUCUCUCUCAUGGGGACGUGACGGUCCACACAGAGGCAGCCUUACCUUGGCCCAGGGAGCCUGGAGAAGAGUGUCCUCCCGACUCCCCCAACUCUACUGAGCUGCUGUGCACCCUGACCCUGGGCGGCUCACUCCAGGGCCUUGAGAUUGUUCUCUUCUUCCCUGGUCCGCCUGUGUGAUGAGUUGUGGUUUGGAAAACAGAACUCCAGCCAGGACCAGCUUGCUGCAACCCUGUAGCCUUGCAUACCAGUAUGGAAUCCUCUGAGGAGGCCAGGCAGCCCCAUAUUUCUGGACAUGAGAGCCGUCUUCACCCUGGCUCUCAGAGUCCCAGGGCCAUGUUCCUGGUAUCCUGAGUACUCUCCCUGCAGAAGUAGGAACUGUCAGCUGGUAGAUUUUGUGGACUUCAGUAAGUAGAGGCCUCUAGGCUCCAGCUGGAAAGCACCUGAGUUGUCUGCAAGGGUUCAGAGUUCUGGAUCUGCCCGUGGUGGCCGUUUUGCUUUUCUCAGGCUCUGUGUCCUCAUGUGCCAGGUGGGACGGCAUGGGUGCCUGGGCAGGACAAGCCAUCCUUGUUUGGAGUGUGGGGUACCUGCCAUCAAGAGUGGGGCGGAAACCUGGGCAACGCUUGGGAAUAUUUGUAAGUACAGAGGAACAUACCAAAUUGAGGGGAAGAAAGAGGCAGAUGUGAACCCAAAGCCAGAGAGCAAAACCAUUUUGUAUGUAGGGUACCAUUUGCAAAUCGUUGUUCGUGUGGUAAAACGUCACAAGUCUCUGCUUGUUAAAGAAUGGUAGGCAAUGUGUUGGUGCAGGAGUGGUGAGUUUCCCUUUUAUGUAGAAAGGUCACCUGUCUCUGAAAUCUUAAAGGGCACCCUUCCCUGCUUUACAGGUGAGGGUAUGGAGGCCCUUCGAGGUGAAGGGCGUGGCUGAGCACACGGAGGAGGUAACAGAGCUACAGCACUGGAUUUCUAGUGCUCUGCCCGGAGAUUCUCUCACCACACACAAACCUGUUUCAUUCUGUGCCAUUUUACCUCUUUCGUCCGUCUUUCUUCCCGUCUACUGCCCUUAGUAAGUCUGUAAAGCAAAUAGGGGUUAUACUAGAAGAUGUUACCGGGAGCGCCUUCUGAAAAUUACCUCCCUGAAACCUUUUCAGAAGAGUAUAUUACACAUCGUCCAUAAUUCAGGUUGUGUUCACAAGACUGAAAUUGGCUAAUGCUAAAGGGAGCUGUGGCUUGUUCCAUAUUUAUUAUUCUAGUGCUUUUGGUUUUCGGAACUGUUGUUAUGAGAAAUUGUUUCUCCUCGACUCCAGAAUUUGCUUAGGGACUGCUUUGCUAAAAAUUUGAUUUUCUCUCAUAGAAUUUUUAAGGAGUACCAUUACAUUGUAUGGGUUGCUCUUAAUGGUACAGAGCUUUAAUACAAACCAGGCAUAUUUUAACUCUGCACACGGGGUGAUAGCUGUACCUCUGAUGGCUCUGAUCUUGGGUGAGCUGCAACAUACCAAGGGCAAGUUCUUUUUCCACAAAGUCCCCAUGAAAUUCGGUACAAAGGGUACACAGAAUAGGGCAUUGUCUAUACAGCGUUCAUCAGGCACAAAUCAGUCCACCUUCACAAAGCAAAAGCCAAGGAGAGAAGAAGCCACAUCAAUUGUGCUUUUUUUAUUUUUUAAACAAUAACAUGGAGUAUGUGGCACUCCUUAAAAAUGACACUCUGUACAAUUCCACUUUUAUGACAUAACUAGAAUAGUCAAAUUCAUACAGACAGGAGGUAGAAUGGCAGUUCCCAGGGGCUGGAGAGGGGGCAAUAAGGAGUUCGUGUUUAAUGGGGCAGAAUUUCGAUUUGGGAAGAUGAAAAGUUUGGGGACAGAUGGGGGUGAUGGUUGCACAACAUCGUAAAUGUACUUAAUGCCACUGAACUGUACACUUGGAAAUGGGCAAAAUGGUCCAUUUUAUGCUACACACUUUACCAUAAUAAAAAAAAGUUUAAAAACGACACUAUAUCCUGGUGAUUUCAGACGAAUCUCCUAUUUACUGAUAAUUCCACCUGUGAGCACGUUCUCUCUCCACACUGAAUGUGUUUUUUAUUCUUUUCCUUUGGGUCUUGUGUUCAGCAUUCUUAAUUUUUUUUAAUAGCUGAAGCUAUGUCACAUUUCCUCCCGUGACAAAGAGAGGGAUUAAGUGUGGUGCAUUCAGCCCCCACCAUCUGUUUGACAGCUCCUCUGAAGCCUUCUGGAAGCUGAAGGGCGGGGACGCUCACAUGGCAUCUCUCAGCUGCCUUUCCCUAUCCACUGGCUCGGGGAAACCUGUCCUUCCACAGUCUUAAAAUAGAGUGCAUUAAUAGAAAAGUUGAGGUGGGGUCAGGGCAACAGAUUUGGGAGGCAACUGCCAUUGAAAAGGUAGUGUGUGACUCACGGAUCUGGAGGCCAUGACAUGGCUUGGGGCCCCCCAGGGAGGCUCCAGGGUCUGUCAGGAUGUGGAGGGAGAAUGGGAAACUGUGAACCUUUGUCUCUUCCAUAGAGAUUUCACACGUGUAGCAGGCACCCAUUUGUGUCAAAAUGUUACCGCCUUUGGUUCACAUCAACCUCUGUUUUAAUUUUUUCAGUUUUUUUAAAUGAAGAAAAAAUGACAAAUCCACUAAUGUCCCAUAUCCUACACUGUGGAUGGUCUGUUUUGUUUUGUUUUUGUCCCCCUCUGUGUCUUUGCCAUACAGAGUUUUAAAUUUUAAAUUGGAUGACUCUAACUUUUCCUUUAUUGUUCGUUCUUCCUAUUUCUUUUUUUUAUUUUUUAAAAAUGUUUAUUUAUUUUUGAGAGAGAGAGACAGAGAGACAGAGUGUGAGCAAGGAAGGGGCAGAGAGAGAGGGAGACACACAGUCUGAAGCAGGCUCUAGGCUCUGAGAUGUCAGCACAGAGCCUGACGAGGGGCUCAAACUCACAAACUGUGAGAUCAUGACCUGAGCCGAAGUCAGACUGUUAACCGACUGAGCCACCCAGGCGCCUCAUCCCAUUUCUUGUUUAAGAAAUUCUUGCCAAUUUGUGUCAGUAUCUUCCCUAUUUUCUUCCGAUUUUUAAAGUUUUGCUCUAUAGCUUUACUUUUUUUAAAAUAUAGUUUUUUAUUUACAUGUGGGAUUUAUUGUUGUGUUUGGCACGAAGUAGGGACCUAAUCUUGCCUUUUUACGUUUGAAUACUCAGUGGCAUCAUGAUCUCCAUUGAUGUGUGUGCCGCUUGUGUGUGCCUGUGUCUACUUACAGGUCAUUAUACUAUUCGAUUGAUCUGUUUGUCCUUCCCUUCACUAACACCACACUGUUUAAUUGCUAUGGCUUUAUGAUUUAUUGUACGUUUUGGUAUGUGGUAGGACAUAACUCCCUCCACCUCUCGGCCCCCUCCAUCUCUGCCCAUAUAGGACUAAUCGUCCUUUGUCUUCAGAGUUGUCAUUGUUAUUCAUGGCCCUUUACGGUCAACUUGUCAGAUUUUAAUUGGAUUGCAUUGAACUUGUAUAUUAAGUGUUUGAGAGGAGGGCCAGAUGUAUAUUAUUGACCUUCCCAUUCAUGAACAUUUCACGACUACAAUUAUAGUGUUCCUUAUUUAUACAGUUUGGUUGUUGUUAUUAAAUUUAUCCUAUGUACAGUUCAGAUUUUUUUUUUCCUAUCACAAAUGCUAACUAAAAUGAAACAAAACAAAACCAGGGGCAUUUGGCUGACUCAGUUAGUAGAGCGUGUGACUCUUUCAGGUCAUGUGUUCAAGCCCCACAUUGGGUGUGGAGCCUACUUAAAAUUUUUUUUUUUAAUUAAAAACAAAAAACCCCCUCUCUCAUCAGUGUUUGUUGUUUUACACUGUGUUUCAUAUGAUCUUGUUUCCAGCAACUUUGCUGGAAUUGUUUUGGUUUUUUAUAGAUUCUCUUUGAUUUUCUAUGGAGGAAUCAUAUCCUUUGUAGGUAAUAGCAUUUUGUUCUUUUCUUUCCAUUCUUUAUUCUUUUCAUUGAUUCCCUCACUUGUCUUAUUUUGUAUAGAUGCAGUGAUACCUAAUGUCCUUGUGUUUUAUCUGAUGUUAGAAGGUAGAAUUCUAAGGUUAGACUAUUACGUGUGAUGUUUGUAAUUAUGAUAGAGACACUAUUAGAUUAAGGCUGUUGAGGUGCCUGGGUGGCUCAGUCGGUUGAGCGUCUGACUGAGGUCAUGAUCUCCCAGUUCGUGAGUUCAAGCCCUGCGUCAGACUCUGUGCUGACAGCUCAGAGCCUGGAGCCUGCUUUGAAUUCUGUGUCUCCCUUUCUCUCUGCCUUUUCCCCACUCAUGCUCUGUCUGUCUGUCUCUCUCUCAAAAAUAAAUAAACAUUAAAAAAAUGAUUAAGGCUAUUUUCUUUAAUUCCUUUAUAUAUGUAUUUCAUUUAACAUAUUGAAAUGGUGAAUUAAAGCCAUAAUUAAAAUUUUGCUUUAUACAAGCAAAUUAUUAACAUAUAUAUAUUAUAUAAUAUGUAUAUAUAAUUAUAAAUAUAUAUUAUGUGUAAUUUUGCUUUAUAUAUAAUCUACACGCAGUGAAAUGCACAAAUCUGAAGUGUGCAGUUUGAUGAGUUUUGAGAAAUGUAUAUAUCCAUAUAAUUUACAUCCUGUAAAGCUAUAGAGUCUCCCCCACCCAAAGUAUCCUUUGUAGUUAACGCCUCCCAGUCUCUGGUCAGACAAAUAUCAGUCUCAUUUCUGUCACUAUAGGUGAAUAUUGCCUAUUCUAGAAACUCUAGAAAAAUGGAAUGAUACUGUAUACAUUCUUUUCUGUCUGUCACCUUUCAUUCAGCAUGUGGUUGACAUUCAUCCGUGGUGUUGUGGUGUCAGUAGUUUAUUUCAUUUUUAUUACUAAGUAGUAUUUCAUUAUAUAAAUGCACUACAAUUUGUUUAUUCCCUUUCCUGCUAAUGGACAUUGGGGUUAUUUCUAGUUUUUGACUAAUAUGACUUAAGCUUCUAUGAACAUUCUUGUCCUAAGUCUUUCUGUGUUUUCAUUUUACUUUGGGUUAAUACCGAAAGUGUAAUUACUGGGUUGUAGUGUAAGCAUACAUUCAACUUUACAAGAAACUUCCGAAAUUGUACCAUUUUAUAUCCUUCGAACACUGUUGUAGAGUGUCCUAUAUCAUUAUCAACAUUAAAUGUUGUCUGUCCUGUUUGUUUUAGCCAUUUUAGUGGCUAUGUACUGGUAACUAAUGGUUAAGGAUUUUUUUCAUGUGUGUAUUAACCAUUCACAUAUUUUUUUUAAAAAAACUUUUCUUAAUGUUUAUUCAUUUUUGAGAGAAAGACAAAGAGCAUGGGCAGGUGAGGGGCAGAGAGAGAGAGGGAGACACAGAAUCCUGAGCAGGCUCCAGGCUCUGAGCUGACAGCACAGAGCCCGACAUGGGGCUCAAACCCACAGACCGUGAAGAUCAUGAUCUCGGCUGAAGUCAGAUGCGUAACCGACCGAGCCACCCAGGUGCCCCAUCCAUUCACAUAUUUUUCUUUGUGAAGUUCCUGUUCAAAUAUUUUGGCCAGUUUUUUGUUGGGUUCUCUUGCAGCUAUUAAGUUGUAGAGGACCUAUUAAGUAUUUUGCGGUCAAGUCUUUUGCCAGGUAUAUUUACUACGGAUAUUUUCUCCUAUUUGGAGUGCUUUCUUGUUCGUUGCUUUUUUAAAAAAAAAUCUGUAUUUUCAUAAUUUCUCCGGUUUAUUUUGAAAACAAUCUUUUCUGACAUGUAUCUAUGUGAGUUUUAGAUUAAUUAUCUCACAGUGCACAGAAAUGACCUAUAUUUGCCUGUAAAUUAAGCACUGAUGAAUGCUCAUUAACAUAUCAAUAUUUAAGUAUUCCAACAUAAAAGAGCUUUUUCUAACUUUGUAAUUACUUUCUUCCCUCCUAAGCUAAUUUAUUUUUGACAUUUGGGUUGCACAUGCACAUAAGAAAAUGACACGUUUUGCACACUGACCGUGAGAUAAACCAGUGUGUAAGUGUCUUUCUGGAUCAGAUUAAAUUUCCAGGGACAAAGUGGUUCAAAUGGGAGCAAAUAAGCCUACUUCCUUAUAAAAUAAACUAAAUAAACAAAACCUAGGAAGUAUUAAAGGUGCUUAAGAUUAAUUCCAUAAAUAUUUUUCUGUUUUCUUUAAAAAUUUUUUUAAUGUUUAUUUUUGAGAGAGAGAGAAACAGAGUGUGAGCGGGGGAGGGGUAGAGACGGAGAGGGAGACAUAGAAUCUGAAGCAGGCCCCAGGCUCUGAGCUGUUAGCACAGAGCCUGACAUGGGGCCCGAACUCCCUAAACACGAGAUUGUGACCUCAGCCGAAGUCCGACACUUAGCUGACUGAGCCACUCAGGCGCCUUUCUUUUCUUUUAAGUACGCAAAUGUGUAUGAUGAGCGUGUGUAAAUUAACACUUUUCAUCUAGGUUGUGCGCUCCUGUGGAUGGUGAAGGGCUCUGGUAUAAGGAGGCAGUGUGGGAGAACUGGGGGUUUUUAUCCUCAUCAAGCCGUCCACACUUAGGAAAGAGGUAGGGCAGAUGACUUACAAGCCUCAGUGGGCUCGGAUUUUGAUCUGGUUCUGAAAGUAAUGCUUAUUUCAUCCUGUUCUAUUUUGUUUGUUCCAUAAUUUUUGUAACUGGAGGAAACUGGUAGGUUCAACUAACCAACCUAAGGACACUUUACCCCAUAAACCAUGUGAAUCAAAACUCUUCAUUCAUUCUUCUGCCAAACACAACAACUGAUUUUCGUCUAUAAUUAUUUUUUAAGUUAAGAAGGAGCAAGUCAACCAAAGAAACAGCGGUGGCCUCGAACUAUGGAAUGUUACCGCACUUUGACACAUUGACUGAGAGAUGCCGAGGCUGUGGGGACUAGUCCCGCUGGCUGCAGCCAGGAAUGGAUGCAGUGUCAUUGAACCUCCUCUAAGCAGGCCCUGCAGCACCUUCCAUGCUGCUGGGAGAUAUCCCGAGGCUGGAGUCACUCCCAUAAUAGGGAUCUCCAAUAAUAAGUUGCUUUCUUGGAUAAUAGCUCCCAAGUGGUUCAAUUUUAGCUUUGCAGGUUUUAGUUUGUUUUCUUUUUCUAGUCAAAUCUCUCAGAUUGCUUUCAUCCGUACAUAGUGUAUGAUCUAAUGUGGCAAAGUCUUCUUGGUAACCCACCUGGACAAUGUGAUUCGUGGGAGUACCAUGCUCCUUCAUGCAAUUCUGCCCCUGAUAAUCGGGAGGGUUUUCUGUUUCAUGCAUGGAUGUUGUUGCGCUGUCUACCCUCCAAUUAUUUUAAAUGUUUCGAUCAGUUACAAGUUUUCUCAAAACUGCUCUUGUGAUGAGUGAUUGACAGAUGUUACCCAGACACAGGAACAGCACUGAGUUGGGCAUCUGCUCAGCCAUCUUCCCUUGCACACAGAGGCACCCGCUGACUGCAUCAGGAAUUUUCUCCUGCUCAUUUUCAUAAUGUGUCUUUUGAUGAGUUAAUGUUUCUAAUUUUGAUGAAGUCCAUUUCAUCUGUUUUCUUCCUUUAUUAUGUUAAUGUGGUUAAUUACACUGAUGAUUUUCAAAUGUUAAAUAACACUUUUUUCCUGCCCAAACCAUAGUUGAUCAUGAAAUAUUAUACUUUUUACAAAUUGCUGGAUGUGGUUUGCUUACUAUUUGACUACAUUAAUAAUGAGUGUUAGAUCAGUGUUAUGCUGCCCUCAUAAAAUUAUUUGAGAUGCAUUCCUUUCUCCUGAAAUUUUCUGAAAGUAUGUGUGAAAGUGGUAUUUUUUUCUUCCUUAAAUGUUUGAUAAUAUUUAAGAGUAAAGUCACUUGACUUUGGAGUUCUUGAAAGAAUGCUUUAAAUUAUAAAUUCACUUUUUAAUAGAUAUAUGUGUAUAUAUAAUUUUGAUAAUUUGCAUCUUAGAGGAACUUUUCUAUUUCAUCUAAACUGUUGAAUUUGUUGGCAUAAAAAGAUGUUCAUAAUAUAUCCUUAUUAUUCUUUUAAUAUCUCUAGGAUCUAUAGUAAUGUGUCUACUCUUUUUUUUUUCUUGAUGGCAUACCUGGUAACUUGUGUUUGCUUUAAUUUAUGCUCUAUCAGUCUAGAGUUUUAACAGUUUUACUGAUCUUAUAAAAAACCAAUUUUUGGGGGGCGCCCAGGUGGCUCAGUUGGUUAAGUGUCUGACUUUGGCUCAGGUCAUGAUUUCGCAGUUUGUGAGUUUGAACCCUGCGUCGGGCUCUGUGCUGACAGCUCAGAGCCUGGAGCCUGCUUUGGAUUCUAAGUCUCCCUCUCUCUCUGCCCCUCCCCUGCUCAUGCUCUGUCUCUCUCUGUGUCUCAAUAAUAAAUAAACAUUAAAAAAAAUAAUAAAAACCCAAUUUUUUGCUUUUAUUAAUUUUCUCUACUGUUUCUCCAUUUUGUAUCUCAUUGAUUUCCAUUCCUAGCUUUAUUAUUCCUUAUUUCUAGUUACUUUGGGUUUUAUUUGCCCUUCUUUUUUACCUUCAUAAGGUUGACACUUACAUCAAUGAUUUUAAAUCUUCUAUUCUAAAACUAUAAAUUUCCCUCUAAGCAUGACUUCAGUCAGGCCCACAAAUUUAUUAAGUCUUCAUUAUCAUUCAAAUUUCUAAUUUUCCUUGUAAUUUAUUCUUGCUCUGUGAGUUACUUGGACAUAGAUUGCUUACUUUCCAAGUGUUUGAGUAUU